AUGGGUUGCGGUGAAUUCCUCGUUAAAUAUAUUUUGUUUUUUGCAAAUCUAUUUUUUGCGCUGGCCGGUCUGGCCUUGAUCGGCUUGGGUGUGGCCGUUGAACUUCAAAUAAAAGAAAUAACCAAUGCGGUGGAAGCCAGCAAUUUCCACAUCGCACCAAUUGCGGCGAUCGUAGUUGGUAGCGUAGUAUUUUUAAUUGCUUUCUUUGGAUGCUGCGGUGCGGUUAGAGAGAACAACUGCAUGCUCAUCACUUACUCUAUAUUCAUGCUGAUUUUGAUGCUGCUGAAAGUGACGCUGGCUGUUCUGAUCUUCGUUAACUUGGACAGCUACGUUAAGGAAAUACCGCGUUGGCUCAACGAGGCUUUCUCCAGGGACCAAACUGCUUUUCACCAAAUUGAGAAAACGUUUAAAUGCUGUGGUCCUACUGGACCUCUAUCCUAUGGCAACCUGGUACUUCCUGAGACCUGCUGCGCGUCAACCCCCUGCACUCCAUUCAACUCUUAUACCGGCUGCUCCACUCUUGUCGAGGACUUCUUCCAGACAUUUGGAGUAGCUAUUGGUGCUUUGGCCAUUGCCGUUGUCGCAAUUGAGUUGGUGGCAAUUGUUUUUGGUUUGUGCUUAGCUAACCAUGCCCGAAACCAAAGCAGGAGGGCUCACUACUAA